AUGUCCCAGGUUCGCAUGAAGCAGAGCCGAGAUGUGGAGGCCAUGGAGAUGAUGUACGAGAUGGAGUCGCUGGCGACCUUCCCCAUGCAUGAGCCCGGAGCCGCCCAGUUCUACGAGACGCUCUACCGCAACAUGAGCUCGUCCCUGCGCCGCAUGGGUAGAGAGGAUGAGGCAGCGUUGUACUUUCUCAAGAUGGCGGAGGCCUGCCGCUGUCACAAGAAGCAGCUGGACUGGAUGGAUCUUUGGGAUCUGGGCAUCCUCAUUGCAAACCGCGCGUACCAAGCCGGCAGGUGGCCAGAGUUCUACAAGUCUCGGGAGAUCAUCGCGGAGGCGCUUUCCCAGCUGCGGGCAGUGGAGCCGCACGAGCUGGUUUUGAGAGCCAAGGUGCUUAGCAACCUCGGGCAGUGCUACCUGGCGACCGAGGAGUACCAGCAGGCGGAAGUCUACUACUCGGAGGCUUAUGACCUCUUCGCCAGCACUGUGGGGAAGCGAUCCCCAUUGUUUGGAAUGCAGGCCUGGGCCUGUGGCAACCUCCGAUUCGCCGAAGGCCGCCACGCGGCAGCGCUGCCGCUGCUGGGAGAGGCCCUCUACGUGGAGGUGGUGGCGGACGGACUCUCCGUGUCGGAGAUGAUGAAGUUGUUGGACCAGAUUCUGCACUCGAUGAACGAGCUCCGAAGCGAAGACUCAUCCCUCCAGGUCCACCUCGGGCCAGUGCGGAGGGCCCUUAACGAGCUCAUCGAGGAUCCCCGCUGGGAUGAGUUGGACAAGACGCUGGACUUGGCGGUCCUAAACCACAAGAUGGCAUUGGUUUACGUGGUGGCCAGGUGGCCUGAGAUGGGCGAUCGAAAAGCUGCGGAGUAUUUUAACCUCAAGGCUGUGUCGGUGCUGAACGAUCUUCAGCAUACUGGCUCGAAGGAGGCAAAGCGGUGGCUGCUGCAGGCAGAGGCUGUGCAUUCAGCUGUUCUAGGGCCAUGGUCGCCCUCAAAGAGAGAACAGCAUGACUUUCCUGCGCAGAACUGA